UGUCAAGUAUAUUCCCUCCUGCGAAUGUUGCCUCUAUUGCCUCCCGUCAUAUCGCCGCCCACUGCAUUCACACUAGUAUAGGAGAUCCUCAAAAUGGGCAGUCUUUACAACACGCCUCACCACCAGCAAGUCUGCUGGUCAGUGACCGAUUCAGAGGGGCAGCAGAUACGAGCAAUCGAAGCCAGCGAGAAGGAUCGAAGCAAUGAAGCUGAAACCUAUCACAAAGUCAUCUCGUUAUUGCAUCAGCCUGGGUAUGACCCCAAGAACGAGACGCUUUCGCCCCAUCCCAUCUUGACCGAUAAGGGUUUCAUUACGGGUCUGGAAUAUUUCCACGACACGCUCGUGAGAGCCGUCGUGAACAUCGUCGACCGAUGGUGGAUCGAUACCGAUGCCAACUUCCCGGCUCGAAUGCCUUUGGAAGCUUCCGUAGAGGCGGCGCUCCAGUGGAUAGACGAGCAAAGCCGAAACCAGACAAUCCCAGCAUUCCAAGACCGCCUCGGCAACUGGAGGCCGGAUUUCCUAGUUACUGCAAACGACAGCGCCACGGGCCUUGGAUUUCAGAUCUGCGAGAUCAACAGCCGCACGCCCGACAACCUAGUAAUCUGCAGCGCAUACAAGCAUCUCAAAAUGCGAAAACUAAUGGGAUCCCACUCAGCCAUCCAGCCUGUCGGAGACUUGGACGAUUGGGUGAAUGGCUUGCUUGGUCUCUUCCGUGCAGACCUACCGAUUCAUAUCAUCCGAGGGAGAGACCAACUCGAUCGACAGGAAUUCGUGCGGCUGGUGGAACAGAGAACAGGGAUGUGUCCACGAUAUGUGAGCGUCGACGAUCUGGAGUUGAAGCCUGGUUCGUCUUCCGUGACAGGCUACUCCCUUUAUUGCAGACAUACGGAGCAAGACCAGAACCCGUCCGAAAAGAUCGAUCAGGUGGUCUUGACGCUUUUUCCGGACGAGUUCAGCUCGCUGUCGCAGGACAUGCUUCGGCAAUUGGCGACGCUAGCCGUGAACGAUCUGCGGAUAUCCUUACUCGUAAAUGACCAGCGAUUCCUAGGCAUUAUCCUGCAGGAGCUCGAACCUCUAACCAGCAAACACGGCAUUCUGACCCCAGACCAAGCCCAUACUCUGCAACAAGGCAUAGUACCCACCCUCUUGCCCGGAUCUCCGGAACUCAAGAGCUGGAUCCAAAGCCACCACCAAGCCAGGACCAGCAAGGACGACUAUAUUUUAAAAGCAGCUCGCCAAAGCCGCGGCAGAGGCCACUUGCUGGGAGCCGAUCUCUCGGAACAAGAAUGGGCGGCUGUCAUGCUGGAAAUGCAAGACGCGAGCAUUCGCCCGGGCGUUACGUCCUACGUCCUACAGCCGUUUGUACGACAAGUCGAGUUCGAUCUAAUUGGGGACGAAGACAAAAUGGCCAAUGGGAGUUUGAUGGUCGGAUGUUACUAUACAACUAAUGGGCGGUUCCUGGGUCUUGGGCCGUGGCGUUCAAGCACGGGGAAGAUCUGUAAUGUCUACGGUGGAGGGACAUGCGUGAUUUUGUAUUCUGUUACUCAGGGAGAUGGGGUGGGUAGGUAG